GCAAGUCCCUCGUCUUCCCCUCCCCUCUCUCAUUCUGCCUGUCUGUCCUCCCACUCUCAUUCCUUCUCGCUCCGUCUCCACGGCUCACUCUUCCUCUCCUGAACAUUCUUCAGCCUCUCCUCAUCCGCCCUCCUGCAGCUCCAUCAUGGCCAGCACAGUCUCAGCAUACUCAGACAAGAUCAGGGAGAUGUCUCUGGUGUCUCUCAUCUGUUCCUGCUUUCACACACAGCCUCACCCAAACACCAUCGCCCAUUAUGAAGAUAUGGAGGUGAAGUCACUGAAUAAGCGGGCCUCGGGCCAGGCCUUCGAGGUCAUUCUGAAAAGCCCGACUGAUUUGUCCCCGGACCGGCCUCAGAGUCUGGUUCUGCCCCAGAUAAAGAAGGACGUCUCUCUGACCGAGCUGAAGAAAAGACAGGAGGCUGCUGAAGAGAGGAGGAAGUCUCAGGAGGCCAACGUGCUGAAGCAGCUAGCAGGGAAGAGGGAGCAUCAGAAGCAGGUGAUCAACAAGGCCCAGGAAGGAAACAACAACUUCAGCAAGAAGACGGAGGAGAAGCUCCAGCAGAAGAUGGAGAGUAUCAAAGAGAACCGCAAUGCACGUCUCAGCGCCCUGAAGCAGCGUCUACGUGAGAAGGAGAUCCAUGCCGCUGAAGUCCGCAGGAACAAGGAGCUGCAGGCAGACCUCUCUGGCUGAACGCGCUCUGCGCAGCCCUCUACCAUUCUCGUUCUGUCUCAUCUGUCAAACUGAGUUUUCGUUGGGGGAUAUGCUGCUUCCAAAGCCACUCUGUCUUAAAAAAAAAAGCUCAUCUGUGAUCCAAAUCGGCGGUUGUUAUUCUGCACAUCACGUCAGAAAUGAUACCAUAUCUUUCACAAAAGUCUGUACUCACACUCAAACUAUGCCUUCUGCUACAGCGAUACGGUAGGAAAGUAAAAGAAUAAGGACACAGCUGUGUAACAGUGUCCCCACUCUUAUUCAAUCCAUCUCACAACCUUCCAAGAUAAUGACACCAUGUUUGUAAUCAUUUUGUUGACUGUAACAACUGUAUGACAUGGAUAUAUCACAGAAUGUUCCCACAUGAAACACUUGCACAGUGAUUCACAAUAGCCUACUGUCCGUAGCACAGGAUAAUGAUAAGUUUCAUUUGCAGAGCAUUGCUUUGGAAUUGAGGUUUUUUUUUGUUUUUUUUUGCCUGAAUUACCGUCAAGUCUGACGAGUCUCAGACCUGUUUAUAUUAAUGCCAGUAAUCACACUGACAUUUAGUCUGAAAUCAAAAAGGCUUAGAAAAUUGUGACAUUUUGCACCUCAAAGAGAAGUGCACAUUAACAGUCAUAUUCAGCCUUUACAGAUCUUGAUUGGUGCUUCUCAUGUACACGUGUGUUACCCGAGGCUGGUUUAUUCCCCCCCCCCCCAAAAAAAAAUCGGUCACAGUAACAUAAUCCAGUUGUGCCAGUACACAAUAACAUCAAUCUGUUGACUGUUACUGGACAAGCAAUCAGAAUGUAACACGUGAGAUAUGAAUGUUUGAACACGUUUUACAACUUCUCACUUUGAACACAGUGUCCAUGUUGGUAUGUCCACAGAUUGCUGAUCUCAAAUAAGGGUUGAUGAAUGAUAAUAAAUAUGGUUGCAAUGUA